AGCUAAAAUCAACACGCAAUUUGUAUGCGCGGUAGGAGCGGUUCAUACCAGAUGUGCCUUUGUUUCAGUAUAUAAUCAUCCGAUAAGUUCCUGAACGAGAUAGACCUGUAUACAGUAGUAGUCUUAGUCGUAGCAGUAUAAGCAGAGGGCAGUGAAAUGAUUUUAAAAACUCAGUAGCACAAGUUUGAUGAAGGUGAAAAAAAAAAUAAGUGUGGUGGUGGUUGGAUCAAGCACUCUUCCACAGAGCGACCUCCUCUCUUUCUCUCUUUCUCUAGUCACAAAAAUCGUUCUCCCAAAAGGGAUCUUGAGGAGUGCACCUAUCUUUUUUUCCCACCUCGCUCCAACUUUUUUUCUUGACGAAACCUUCAUCUGUAACAUCCCGUCAUAUUCCUCCAGAUUGCAACAUGUCCAAAGCAUCGUCUUUUGUUCGCGAAUAUAAACUCGUCAUGGUUGGCGGAGGAGGUGUGGGCAAGUCCGCCUUGACGAUCCAGUUUAUCCAGUCCCAUUUUGUGGAUGAAUACGACCCUACUAUUGAAGACUCAUACCGCAAGCAAUGCGUGAUUGACUCGGAGACGGCCCUAUUGGAUGUCUUGGAUACAGCAGGUCAAGAAGAAUACAGCGCAAUGCGCGAACAAUACAUGCGCAACGGCGAAGGGUUCUUGCUAGUAUACUCUAUCACCUCGCGAAUGUCGUUUGAAGAAAUCACGACGUUCUACCAACAAAUCUGCCGUGUCAAGGACCGCGACUAUUUUCCUAUGGUCCUCGUUGCCAACAAAAGCGACUUGGAGGCAGACCGCCAGGUAUCGAGCCAGGAGGGACGUGAUCUCGCGAGACAGUUUGGAUGUCAGUUCUUGGAGACCUCCGCAAAGCAGCGCAUACACGUCGACGAUGCAUUUUACCAGGUCGUACGAGACAUCCGCCGGUUCAACAAAGAGCAAGAGAUGCGCGGCAGUGGCCAUGAUCAGUUUGGUAUGCAGGAUGCGCCCGAUGUCGCGUCUGACAAGUGCUGCGUCAUGAUGUAGACCUCCUUCUCCACCUUCACCUUCACCUUCACCUUCACCACCGUUAUCAUUAUCACCACCACGCCAAGUGUAUUAUGUAAAGAACG